UAGAAAUAUUUAUAUAUAUGUAGAACAUUUUCUUAUUAGAAUAUAAAUGAGUUUGGUUGGCAUGGUUGUCUAGUUAUAAAAUAAUAAUGAUGGAAUUGCGCAACAAGUUUGAUUUCAACAAACUUACUUCUUUUAUUCAAGCAAUACGACUUAUGAGCACAAGUUCACCUCUGAAUAAGAAAACCCCUCAUACAAUUGGAAAAAAGUCAUGGGUUCGUGCAGCAGAAAGACGGAAAUAUUUAGAGCAAAAGAUGAAAUUGGAAAGUAAGUCAGAAUUCAUGUUACAAAAAGAAGAGAUUUUAGCAAGACAAGAACCUCAAGUUGAGUUUCUUACAACUGGUCGUCUUAAUGAUAAUUUAGAUGAGAGUAUAAUGCAUAAACUGCUUGUAAAACCUGAAGUUUUUCUUUCAAAAGAUCGUCACACAAUCAUAUGUUAUCACCCUCCACCUCAUAUUUAUCCACAAGAGUAUACAAAAUCAAUUGGUGAGCACCUGUUUAAAUCCAGAUCAGAUUUAUUUGACACAUUUUCAUAUGAGAUCACUAAAGAACAGAUUUCAGAAGCUGAUGAAUUAAGAAACUCAUGCCCCAAAACAUGGAAUGUAAAAGCUUUGGCUUGCUUGUUUAAAGUAAAGCCAGAAACUAUUAGGAAAUGUAUUCCACUCAGCAAGGAACAAAUUGAGAUGAUAGAAGCUGAAAAAUCUGUAUUCGAUGCUAUGUCAUUAAUGAAGCGAAGAAUGCAUUAUGAUUUGCAACGUUUGGAACGAAUUAAAUAUGCACGCAAAACUCGUGGGGAAGAAUUUGCUGAUUGGUACUCGAGUGUUGAUAAUUUCAAGAUGCCACGACAACCCAUUCCACCAAAGAUAUCUAAGUCUCCGGCUACUAGAGGACUUUAUUAGGCAGUUUGAUUUAUAUUAGUUGGGUUAUUAAGUAACAAUAUGAAGUACAAUUAGAUUAUUAAUGGUCCCUUGUUCUUUUCAUGAGCUGCAUCUGUUAGUUGUAACUAAUAAAAUGAUUUUACUAAAUUUUCGAUCCCGUUAAA